UGCUCGUGUGGUUGGAUGGCUUUGAUGUGUGUGCUGGCUGAUCACAGAUCAGAUCCGCCCCCCGCCUUUGAUCUCGGCGCUGAGUUUGUUCUCGAGCCGCUGCUGGUUCGUGUUGUGUUCAGGGACAUGCUGAGCAGACCGGUGUGGAAACACCACUUUUCACCAACAGCCGCUUUUUCAGCAGCCGCUGGCCACAAGCGUCCCAGUAAAAUGAUGUGGAAGCUUCAACACACCUUUUCACUUUUACUCACUUUGUAUAUCAUCCAUUUCAAUCUGAUUCCUGUGAGGGCCGAGGAGGAGACCAGAGAAUGCAGAGAACAGGAGUACAAGGACCGGUUCGGGAACUGCAAACCCUGCAAGCAGUGUGAUGCUGGACAGGAACUAUCAAAGGAAUGUGGCUUUGGUUAUGGAGAGGAUGCCCAGUGCAUGCCCUGUCGGAGCAAUCGCUUCAAAGAAGACCGGAGUCUGCAGAAGUGUAAACCCUGCCUAGACUGUGGGCUCAUCAACCGCUUCCAGAAGGGCAACUGUUCCUCCACCAGCAAUGCCGUGUGUGGCGACUGUCUGCCUGGAUAUUACAGGAAGACCAAAUUAAGUGGUUUCCAAGACAUGGAGUGUAUCCCCUGUGGGGACCCACCGCCUCCAUAUGAACCUCACUGUAGCACACGUGUGAACUUGGUGCCUCUGCCAUCGGUGGUGACCAGUCCAAGGGACAUGGCUCUGGCUGCAGUCAUCUGCAGCGCACUGGCCACUGUGCUGCUCGCUCUGCUUGUCCUCUGUGUCAUUUACUGCAAGAGACAGCUGUUGGAAAAGAAGCCCAGUGCCUCUCUGAGUUCCCAGGACGAUCCCUACAGUCCCUACAGCGGUGCAGAGUUGUCCUGCCUGGAUCCGCGCUGGCUCCAUGAUGUUCCCCACAGACCCUGCUGCCAGUGCUACCUGGCACCUGGACACACCUGUGGACCGGUCCACCUGAUCCCAUCUCUGUGCUGUGAUGACACCUGCAGUCUCGGUCGCAGCAAAGACAACAGUCCCUUCCAGUCCCAGAUGAGCCUCAAUGAUAGAAAUAUGCACUCUGAUGAGAACCCUGCAGUGUUACUGGGAGGUGGUCCAGAGUCUGUCUCCACAGACACCAGAGAAGAGUGUGUCGUGGAAGAGGACAUAGAGAGUAUCGAAGAGGACGAAUGUUCAGUUGAGAGGGAAACACAGACGUGCAGCGAACCUGUGAUGGAAACGCAUCUCCCUAACCAGCACCCAUCACCCCAGGAAGGAUGACAUGGGUUUCUUUGGCUCGUGUUCCACCCUAAAAACCACCCUGGACUCAACAAGAGCAGUACCCAGUUUCAGAUUACUCACUCGUCCCCACAGACCGUAUCAGCCAGUCUCAAGUGUGGUCCCAGCACCUCUUUGAAAUGCCUCCAGCCGACCUCAGAGCCCCUCAUGGAAAAUGUACACAGACAAAAAACACUGCAGAAGGAACGCCGAGCACGAGCACAAACGUAAUGUGAACUCGCUGGGCCAGAAGGUGAAAUCCAAUGAAGUUGAAAUAUCGAGUAUUGAUUCAAGUUGACUUAUUACUGUGGAG